UUCCGAAAGGUUGCUAUUCAUAUUUACAUUUGAACGCUAACUGGAUCUCCGAUCACAUACAAAUAUUGGAGAUGUUAAUUGCGAAAAGUAUAGAUUUCAAGUGUUUCGACGUGAUCGAUUACGUGUGUAGAUUAGCAAUAUGUCAUCAACGUCUGAUACAUCUGAUCAAGAGAAAUAUAAACGCGCUACCAUAUGCAAUGUAUUCGCAAGUACGCCUCUUGAUAAAGCACCCACAAGACGUUAUACGACAUCCUUAUCUCGGAUCGAUACGAAUUCUUCCUUAAGCGAAGGCAAGAUCGAAGGCAGCUUACAGUCGCAAAUAGCAAAAAAGGGAGGAGGAAAAAAAAGGAAAAAAGCUGUAAAAAAUAAGACAAAACAAUAUAAGAAAAGAGUGAUUCAAUUAAAUGACAUUAAACGAGUAACGAGUACCGAAUGGGACACCGAAUCGGAAGAGUCAAUCGAGGAAGCUGUAACAAAUCCAGAAGAUUCUAUCCGCAACGAAAGCGACGAUGCUUGCAUAAAUUUAUUCGAUGAUCCGUGUACGCCGGAGAAAAUUCGACAAGCACCAAUCACAUAUGAAUCUCCUCUGUACCACUCACCGAUUAUACGUUCGUCUAGAAGAUUUAAGUUAACUCCUAAAAGAAAUAUUAUCGCGCAGCACGAUGAGUUGCUGCCAGUGAAUAUACCAUCGUCGGAAGUAUGGAAUCCAGAAGAGACAGAUAGAGAUGAAGUAAUACUUGUCAAUCGUACGAAUAACGUGAAAACAUACUGCCCUAAAGAUUCUGUUAAAAAAAAAUCGCAAAGUUCAUUAAAAAUUUAUUGGAGUGCCAUAUAUCCUCCAGGAUAUUUCUCAAUGAGCGAUUUACUUUGGGAAGAAUUUGUCAAAAAGAAUCGCGAGGAAAUAUCUCAAUAUUUAGCACCGUCCUCCUCCGCGCGAGUACCAGUCAAAAAGUAUGAUUCGGAGUUUCUACGCAAAUUUCCUGAUAUUUCUCCGAAAUUUGAAGGUCUUCCAGUUCUACCAGGAAUGACAUGCAUUCGAGGAUACUCGGACAGAAUUUCGCAAAAAUGGGUAACGUAUAUUGAUAAGCCGAGCAAAUCCGAGAACAAAAAAGAUAAUGCACGUCAAACGAAGGCUCGAAAGAGAAGUAAAAGAAAACAGAGAGAGAGAGCGAUAAUGUUGCAAUCUGCACGGAAUGAAACUAACUCUGUAUUCGAUACAGAGGAUGAGAUAGACGUCGAAUUCGAAACUGGCGGCCGGGAUGGUAACCGAAUGUCCUUCUCUGAAUUUCGUCAGAAACGAAAACGAAUAGUAGAGACGGUCUCUGAAAAAUCGUCUUCAGAAUCUUGUCACUCGCAAAUGCAGAAAAAUUAAAUGAUGCGUUUUUGUGUUCUAUUUCAUUAUUUAUAUAUUUAUAUAUAAAAUGUUUUUGAAAUUUAUUUUGCAUUUAUACUUGUUACUAUAUUUCGUAUAAAUUUAUAAUGAAAAAAUAAUUGUUAGUAUUUUCUGAUUAUGUUAAAGAUUUGUUCUAUAAAUCUAAUAAAUUUAUUUUUCAUGCAUGUUUAAUGCAUAUU